AUGAAAAGGGAGAGCAAGAACAACAUACCCAUAAAAUGUUGUAAAGCUAAAAUUUUGAAAAGUAGCCAUAGAGACUUUCUCAUGGAUGAGAACAAGCUUGAGUUAGUUUUGAGGAGAUUAAGCUCCUUUGGGCCGGUUAUUGGCGUCCGCAUUACGCAUUUAUGGGCCCAAAGUUGGGCUGUAAGCCUGCAAACGAUUUUAGAAAAAAACAAGAACAAAGAAAAUAGAAAUAUAGAGAGGGAAAGGAGGCUAGUCACAGUCUCACAGCAAACUCCACCCCGCCGUGUCACGCCGCCGCCGCCGCCGCCGCCGCCCUUAGCCAUCUACCCUCCGGUGCUAACUCGGUAG